AUGGAGGUAUCGUUUUUUCUUCUUUUUGCUUCAGACGGUCGAAAAUUGUCGAGUUAACAGAUAUCAUCAAAAAAAUGACGCUAGAAGUUCGCUGAGUUUUUUUUCUUCCUCACUUAAGUGCAACAAAUUCAAUAUUUUGAUUAGAAGCAAAGAUUUUUUUAAUUUAAAAAAACUGAAUUUUUUUCUUAUAAUAAAUUUUUCAGCCAUAACUGUAUUUGAAAUCCUCCAAAUUAAAUAAUUCGGAAAUUCGCACCAGCCGAAGAAAGCUAUUCCUAUGCAAAUUUUGUGGACAGUUAUUGAAAAACCAAAUGUACGGAGCUGCAGCCUUCGCCUUAAUAGAAUCAAAAAAAUAACAUUAUAAUUUUGAAUAUGCAACAUUUAUAAGACUCUUAAAAAAAUCAAAAAAAUUUUUUUAUCUGCUAAUUCAAAUUUUUCUUUUCAGGCUCGAACCUCUUCUUUUGAUGAAGUAACUCGACCCAACCAGAUGCUUGGUAUAUUUAUCAAAUUUCAAUUGAAAAAGGUUUCUUUUUUUCAGAUUCUACUGCAGCGACAGCGCUCAAAAACAUUCUCCCAUUGAAACAUCGGCAUUUGGUCCAAGAGGAGCAUCCAUACACUCAAUACGUGUUUUCAAAAGUACGAUGCGAUUAUAUGAAUGAUGUGAAGAACCGGAACCAGCAAGAAGAAGGAAUCGUAUCGAAAUUAGUGAGCCGUGUGAGCCUUCACGACGUCCACGCGUUUCGACAAGAAACUCUCAAGUCCCUGAACGAAUACAGUUUUCCUAUCGGCACAGACGCAAAACAGACGGAUCUACUAAAGUGUUUCGAAACGAGACCCGAAGAAAUCUCGGGACUGUACUACAUAGUAAAAAGAAGGAAAACCGAUUUACUGCUGUGUGCAGUUCACAGAGAGAUGGCUGCAGAAGAUCGUCACGACUUGAAAGUUGUAAAACUCACCCCAGAAGCCACGGACGUUUUGAAUGAAGGUCGAGUCCGCCUGGAGAACUACUACGUCGGAGAUGUUGUACUCGUCUUUACAAUGACCCCUACAUGCGUUAGGAGCCGUAUUUUGGAAGUCGAUCCCAUUUCGACCUUCAAGGACGAUUUCGCGCCAAGCUGGUCCGUGAGAAAAUUUGGACUCGUCCAUCGGAAUAUCGAACAGAUAUUGGCAGCACCACUGGAAGUGAGUUUUUCCAAUUGAAUUCAAAUAUGAAACAACAAAAUAUGAUUACGGAUUCCUCUGCUCGGAGUUGAAAAACAAUAAAACAAUCAUGAGGGAUUUAUUUAAAUUUCUAUUCUUUUCAUUCUUCAUCCUUUAACUAAUUUUUUUACAAAAUUAGAAAGACUUGGUUAAACGAGUAGAACCAGAAAAAUCAUAAAAAGGCUCUUUAUUAAUUAACAGAUAUGGAUUAAUACAUUUAUGUGUUCAAAAAAGUCCGAGUUUUUCAGGUCGACAAAAAAAAAGGCACAAUUUUGCUCACUGGAGAAAAUAAAACACGUCUGGUUCAUGGCAAACUCGACCAGUUUCCGGCGGAUUUUAAGAUGGAUCAAGUAUUCGAAGUUUCGGUUCUUGUGCCUCUGGAGCAUUGUGAAAGACUGACGACACAUUACCGCGAUCCCGAAAACAUAAGGUUGAUUUUCAAUUUUAAUAAAGAAUUCUUAAUUUCAUUUUUUUAAUUUGUUCGACUGCAAUAAGUCCAAAAAUGUUCUGAAUAUUAGAUUGUCAAAAAAACGGGUUUCGUUUAUUGAUGCUUCAACUUUGACAAGGAGUUUGGAAAGAAAAAAAUUUGUUUCGAUUUUUAGAGUGUUAUAUAUCAUUUUGAAGCUUGAUGUCUUUUCUCAAAAUUGUAUGUUAAAUAUUUUCUCAAAAACAAUCGAGUGAAUUUUUUUUGCCGAUCAAAAUUCGCAUAAAAAGUGGCGAUUUUGCAUUAUUUCUUUGUUCAAGUUCAGACACUAUGGCAGAGCUAUUCGGACCGCUUAA